AUGGUGUCGUGGUGCGUGAGCCUGGUCUAUGGCUUCCCAGCCUUUGGCUUUGGUGCGGCCACAGUGAUGAUCAGCCUCUUUCUACCGGCGCUCUACGUGGAUCGCCUGGGCGUUCCCUUGAGCCACAUUGGCUUCGUGACCACGGCGGUGCAGCUCUUCGACGCCGUCACCGACCCGCUGAUGGGAUACCUCUCGGAUCGUGCCCAGUUCUCCUCGGGGCGUCGGAGGCGAAUCUGCAACCCGCGCCGGUGCCUGCGUGUCGCACGCGCGCUCCUCCGUGGCGUUCCCCUGGCAGGGCUCACCGCCGUCCUGGCCGUAAAGCCCAAGCAAAGGCCUUUCAUGUUGCUGGGGUCCUGGUCCUUGGCGGCCAGCUUUGUGGCACUCUUCGCGCCACCCAAAGAAGGUGCUGGAACCGCCUUAGCCUGGGCAACGACCUUCGCGCUGCUGACACAGUUGGGCCUCACCUGCGCACGAGUUCCGUGGCUGGCGUGGGGCAUUGAGCUCACGAAUGAGUACGACAAGAAGACCCGCCUGGCGCCUGGUGCUGUUUCAGCCAUGAACAGUCGACGGUUUGCCCGUUUACCCCGAGAAAGGGAGAUGGCCAUAGAAGAGAGAAACCCUAGCCUUCGGUUCGACCGAAGGCUCAUCGGUUUGGUGAUGUUUGGUGCCUAUAGGUCCGCGUGGUCCGCGCGUUCGGUGCUGAGCGCAGAGGUGUGCGGAUCGAUUAUCCUUUGGUUUCUGAUCCCCAUCUUCUGGGACUGGACCUUUGAUUCUCCCAGCUUCCUGCGCCGUGCGAGCACAGGCGCCACCAUCUUCCUCAUGGCUGCAGCCUUCAACUUCUACUUCGACGGCACUCGCUUCACAUGGAAGAUGUGGAUGGAUGUGGUCGCCGUCUUCGUGAUGAUGAGUGUUUAUGCAACCCGCGCAUACUACCAGCCACAGAAGAUCCUACUCAUCGGCGUCCUCUUCAUCAGCGUCACAGGCUUUUUCGCCUUGAAUGGUGUGCAGAUCAACUGGUCAAAAGGCAUGGCGAACGUUGGAUUGGAUUGGAUCCUCAGCUUCAUGUCCUACCGCUGGUCGGGGAUCUUGGCUUGUUUGACCAUUGCCUCUGGAGACAGUUCUCAUCCGGUCACCCUGACUCAGGUCGUCGUACUGACGGUGAUUUACUACGCGCAUUCCUUGUUCAUGUGGCAUCAAGCGAGCAUCUUGAACGUGGAGAGGAAGCAGGGCGGACUCACUCGUGCCUGGCCCAGGAAGCUUUAUUGGACACUGGAGACUGCCUUGAUGGUCAUCCUGUGUUGCCUGUGGCUGGGCGACGUUCCGGUGCCAAAGCCGCCAUUUGAUCUCUUCGGUUCAGGAAAAGCGGUGUCCGACCCGGGCAUGAAGACUCCAGGUGACGGCGGUCCGAAGCCGACCAAACAUCAGGAAUGCGCCACGCCCCUCCCGCCGCAGCCUGACACCUCGGGUGGACACGCCGUCCACCGCCCCUCGACAACUGCAUCGAUCUUUGCAAAAGCGCCAGCUGAGGUACGUCUUCGGGAGCUUGGCUGCCGCAGUGCUUCCACUGGCGACUUGGGCGAGAUCGUCGCGCUGGAGAGCAUGGAGGUCUUUAGCCGAUUGACCUUAAUGGCCAGUGUUUGGGCGGUGGCGAUGGCAGUGCAUGGUACCUGGUGCUUCUGCACCGUGCCCGACACCGCGCCGACCUCCGUGACGAGCGCGACGACCUCCGCGACGGUCGCGAGACCGACGUCGAAGACCUGGAGCUUUCUGCGGCACGUCCUCGAGGUGCGCGCCGCCUGGAGCCUUUGGUUGGCCACGGUGCUGAUGUCCAUGGCUGUGGUGAGCAAUGCGUUGCUCUAUCCUUUCUUUGUGAAAUACGUACUCAGGGAGGAGGGCGGCUUGUCAACGCUCUUGGGGCUCUACAUUCUGCUGGGCGCCGUGGGCGUCCCCCUCUGGGCCUUCGCCAGCCACCGCUUCGACAAGCGACGGACCUUGGCGCAGGCGACGCUCCUGCAGGGUUUGGCUCUCUUGGUGGUCUUCCUCUUCGUGGAGCAAGGCGCCGUUCCGAUCUACUCGACCUGCAUCGUCCUGGCAGGUCUCUCCUUCGGCGGCGUCCCCGUGCUCCGCUUCUCGAUGCUCGCGGACGUGGCGGAUCUGGCGCAGCUGCGCAGCGGCGGGAAGCGCGACGAAGGCAAACUCGUGGCACUCUUUGACAUCUCCAGCAAGUUGGCCGCUUCGGCGCUGGUCGCCCUGGGCUUCGCGGUGAUCGACCUCUCGGGGUACCAGGCAGGGCAGCCUGAUGAGGAACAAGGCCCUGCCUCAAGACUGGCCAUUCGUAUUUUUUACGCGCUGGUCCCGGCUUUGCUGGCAAUGCUCUCAGCGCUGGUGGUCUUUUGCUUGUAUCCCCUGGACCGGCAGCAGCACACGGAGAUCCUGUCGGAGCUGAGCCGCCCCACAGACGCCGACGCCGCCAUCGUCGGAAAGCCGAUGAAAGCGAUGAACGCAGGCGGCGCGAUGGAGUGA